AUGGCUUUUGAAGAUUCAUGCAAUUACAAGUGUGUGAAGGAAGCCAUUUUGACCAAAUAUGAAAUAAAUGAAGAUGUGUAUCGUCAGCGGUUUCGAGAGCCUGACAUCCAGCCAGGAGAGACGCCGCGGGAGCUCUACAACCGCCUUAAAGACUUGUACCACAAAUGGAUGCAGCCAGAGAAGAAGACAAAGGAGCAAGUGGGUGAAGUCCUCGUCCUAGAGCAGUUCUACCGUUCACUGUCACCGGAGCUGAGAGUCUGGGUUAAGGAGCGAAACCCAGCUUCUGGACAGCAAGCAGCGGCGUUUGUAGAGAACUUCCUCUCUGCCAGCCGUGGACCAAAGACUUUCAGGUUUAACCCCCCUAAGGGCAGCACCUUGCCGGGUAAGCCAGUGAGUUCGGGUAUACGUGGUGGUCCGGUUCAGGUGGGGGGAGCCUCUAAGCCUGGAGAAGACAAUAUUAACUUGAGCAAGGCUCAGCCUUUCACAAAGGGUCUUGUUUGUCUUCACUGUGGUCAGGAGGGGCACAGAAAGCCUGACUGCCCUGCUAGAAAAGCUAAAAUAACUUAUUUUUGCACUGUUCCCCGGCAAGAAAGGGAGGAGGCUCAGGUGGAGGGCAAACGGCAAAUUACUGAGGUUCAAGUUAAUGGGGAACCAGCAUUAGCCUUAUUGGACACGGGAAGUGUGCAAACCCUUGUCAAGUCCUCAGUUUUGAAAGGUCAGUGCCAGUUUACGGGGCCAGGCCUGGACAUCUCUUGUGUUCAUGGGGAUCACCGCAUUUACCCGAUGGCCAUAGUGUAUAUCGAGGUGGCAGGCCAGAUGUACCUGUUGUCCGUUGGUGUUGUGGAAAACCUUGCUCAUCAGGUGAUUUUGGGUCAGGAUAUUCCAGUAUUGCCUGCUACGGCUAUCCUGGGCUAG